CGCCUCACAGAUGAUGGACAGGCGUUUCAGCCUAUAAGGAGCAUUUGUUAAUAUUAUUGGGGAAAAGUGAAGUCUUCGGCGCAGUAAUUGUGUUGGGGGAAAAAAAGUUGCUAACGAAGAAACGUAACAUCCUGCAGGAUCACCAUGGAUCCCAAAAACAGUGGAGGAGGGAAACGCCUUCCCAGAAUAGCUGCUUCUCUGAUUAUGCGCUUCGCCUCAGAGAGGGAACCCAGCUUCAGUGUGCAAAGGGCAAGCUUGAGGCCUUCUCCUACUCCACCGACUUCACCUGUCCUUGAAUUUGGGGAUUUUCCGUACUCUUCGGCAGGAUCCAGAUCCAAGUCCCCUGACUCCCUGGUUCCAGCUCCUUCAGAGGAGUCCAAUCCAUCUGGACUGCAGUUGGCGAGAGGCCAUAUGGUGACUUCACCAACCUUCGUGGAGGACAAUAAUGACUCAGAAGAGGAAUGCCUCUCUUCUGAGAGCCUGAACAGCCCUUCUGAAGGGGAUGGCUUCUUACCAGGUCAGGGUGAUACAGCAGAGAGCUCCCCUAAAAGAGGAAAGAGGACUGGAGUGAGGUUUACAGACUGGCACAAGAAUCGCGUGGCGGCCCUGUGUAGUGAACGCUUUGACAAACUGCUGAGAGAAUGUCCUGAGUACCACAGUACUAAAAGCUGCCUUGCUGCUUUUGUCCUGGAGAGAGAGGUGACUGACACAGGAGGGCGGUGUUGUGAACAAUAUGAAGUGGUGGCAUUGGGCACAGGACAGAGCUGCUGCAGUGGUUGGCACUGUUUUACAGGCUCCAUCGUUCAUGACUGCCAUGGUAUCGUCAUUGCACGCAAAGCCCUGAAAAGAUAUUUGUAUAAGCAGCUCAUGUUGUUCUACAGCUCUGAGCCAGAGCUUCGAGAGCGCUCUAUAUUUCAGAGCACUCCCACAGAGCUGCUGCUUCAGGUCAAACCAAAGUUCUACCUGCAUCUCUACACCAACCAGACCCCUAAAGGGGCAGCACAAUACAUAAUGAAGUCCCAUAGCAGUGGCUACCAAUCACUGAAGCUGCAAUGCCAUGCCAAAGGCUCUCUGAUUCCUGCUGCCUUCCUGUCUCCCAGUAUCUGGGGCGCUCGCAUCUGCUGCAUGUCUGACAGUGCAAAACUCACUCGCUGGACUGUCACAGGAGUUCAGGGAGCACUGCUGAGUCACUUCAUUAAGCCAUUGUACAUCACCAGUGCCAUUCUUGGUGACGCUAGCCAUUGCUCUGAUAUAGUGUCUGACACCAUCAACAAGCGCCUGGGGACUGGUCUGAAAGACGUCCUGAUCCCCCCUUACCAACAAACGAGCAUCUUCUUCCAAAAUGGAGAGAAUGUGGAACUGGCUGUAAGCUCAGACCACUGCAAAGACCUCAGUGUUAAUUGGUGCCUGGGAGACUCCAGUAUUGAGAUUCUAGACAGCACAAGUGGAUACGCCAUCAGUGGGUCUCCUUUUGUAAGUGGACCUGGGUUCUCCAGUAGACUAUGCAAAAGAGCACAGUUCUUCAGCUUCAGAAAAGUUGCUAUGCUUUCUGGUCAACAAGAGCUUCUGUCCUUUGUAAUCUACCACAAAGCCAAGACGGCUGCCCACAUGUAUCAAAAGGCCAAAGCUAUGGUGAACCAGCAGUUCUUAGCCAACAAUGCAGGACCAUGGAACUCAAAACAUCUGGUGGACAGCUUCAGUUGCUGACUAUAUUCUUAAUCUCCUGCAUUAUUCUUUGUUAAAGUAAAUUUAUUAAUCAAAAAUACUUGAUCAGAUGCUUGAUCAGAAAUUGAACAAUACAUAUGUACGUUUCACUUGUUCUAAAAAUGUUACUAGUUUUCUUGUUUUUUUUAACCCAGUUGGUUCUUGUUUAGUUGUUGUUGCUCAUUCAAGAAAAAGAAAAACUUUAAUUAUACUUAUUUGAAGACAAAAGAUUAAAAAAUGUUCACUCCG